UUUUAACCAACAAUGGCGUCCUCCUUCUAUGCUAACUUCGUGCCUACACUUUUGCAUGCACUCCUUGUCAUCCAAGCCUUGGAAUUCACUCAUUCCAAAGCAUUAACAAAUGUAAGCUGCAUUGGCGUCGAGAGGGAAGCUCUUCUGACGUUCAAGCAGGAUCUCACCGAUCCUUCAGGACGUCUGUCGUCUUGGACCGGCGAGCGUUGCUGCGAAUGGGAAGGAGUCGAAUGCAACAACAAGACCGGUCACGUCUCAAAGCUCGAUCUUUAUGGCCGCGGUCUGGGAGGUAAGAUACAUCCUACUAUAACCAAAUUGAGGCAUUUGAAGUAUCUAGACCUCAGCUUCAACAAUGUCAGUGGUUACCUACCCAAUCAAUUUGGAAAUUUCAAAGAUCUCGAAUUCCUUUAUCUUUCAAAAAGCUCGAUUUCAGGUCCUAUUCCUGCCACUGUGGGUCAAUUAUCAUCUUUGAGAUAUUUGGACCUCUCUUCUAAUAGUUUGAGUGGGAACAUUCCAGAAAGUAUUGGGCAACUAUCCAAUCUAGAGGAGAUGGACUUUGGUUAUAAUCGAUUGGAUGGAGUUGUUAGUGAACUUCACUUUGUAAAUCUCACCAGCUUGACCUCAUUGAUUUUAGGGCCAAAUGAGCUUGUUAUCAAUGUUAGCGCAUCUUGGGUUCCUCCUUUCCAAAUAAAGUCCAUUUUCUUGUCAAGUAGCAAAGUGGGACCAGAAUUCCCAAACUGGCUACGAACCCAGAGGAACAUUUCGCAAUUGGUCAUGUCAAAUGCUAGCAUCUCAGGUGAAGUUCCCCAUUGGCUACCUGAUGUUUUAUCUAACAGUAGAGACAUUGAUCUCUCGGGCAAUAUGCUUAGAGGCAACCUAUCCGGAAUUAUUGGAAACACGACACCACAAUUAUGGCGGGUGUCACUUUCUGGAAAUAACCUUAGUGGCGACAUCUCAAAUUCAUUAUGCAUGUCACAUGAAUUACUCUUUCUUGAUCUCUCUAAGAACCAACUGUCUGGAAGAUUUCCCCAAUGUUGGGGGAAGUCGCUACCCUUUUUGGCAUGGAUUUCAUUAGGAGACAACAAGUUGAAUGGUCAGAUUCCAAGCUCUCUAUGCAAUUUGGAGCAACUAAGAAUUCUAGGCCUACGUAAGAAUGGCUUGAAUGGAGUGCUUCCAGAAUGUUUACUAAAGCUAGAAUUGUCAAUCCUCGAUCUCAGUGACAACCUAUUAUCUGGUAGAAUACCUCCCUUUAGCUCUUAUAUUGGGGUAAUCGAUCUUGGGAGAAAUUACUUCACCGGGGACAUUCCUUCGCAGUAAUGUCAUCUUCCUCAGCUCCAGUAUUUAAGCCUAGCGCAUAACAACCUCUCCGGAGGCAUUCCUCCUUGUUUUAGCAACUUCACGCAGAUGUGGCCCGACUUUAAUGUGGCCACUGUGGUUUAUAGUUGGUUUCCUGUUAAGGUUACUAUAAAAGGAGAAACCCGAGAAUUCACCGGCACACUCCCAUAUUUGUUUUCCAUUGACCUUUCAAGCAACGCUUUAGAAGGACAAAUACCGGAAGGGCUAACUAGGCUUGCUCGACUUCAGAAUUUCAACCUCUCCCGAAAUAAGCUGAUCGGAAAAAUCCCUUCGCACGUCGGCGACUUGAGAGAUUUAGAGUCGCUGGAUCUGUCCAACAACAAGCUAUCGGGUGGAAUCCCUCCUGGCAUAUCCAAUUUAGGCUUUCUAAGUUGUCUGGAUCUUUCCUUCAACAAUUUAUCCGGCCGUGUUCCAUCAGGCAAUCAGCUAAGAACUCUGGACACUCAAUCUGCUUAUCGCGGCAACGAUGGACUUUGUGGAGCUCCUCUUUUAAAAGUUUGUCCCGGGGAUGAGCAUAACAACACAGAUGGACGAGGUGGUCACAAUAUGAGCAGAGAUGAGUCUGAUGAAAGCGACUCCAUUAUGGUUUGGUUUUAUUCAGGAUUGGGACCGGGUUUCACAGCAGCAUUCUUGGGAUUCUGCGGCAUAUUACAUUUCAAGCAAACUUGGAGGAUGUCCUAUUUUCGGGCGGUGGAUAGGAUUAUUGAGAAAUUGUCAAUCGGGGGGAUGAUUACCAUGCUUUGGUUCAAGAGAGCUUUUCAGUUCCAAUUAUGCAAUUAAGAGGCGAUACCCUUCACAAGAGUGCAGACCGACUUUUCCAGUUCCGGCGACAUGCUGCUAUGGAGCUGAUAGUUCCUUUCUUCAUGAUGGAAGAUUGCCAUUGAAGCUUCAAGUAAUAAAGAUGUUGUACUCAUUAUUCUCAGGCAUUUCCCUCUUUCUUUCCAUUUUGUUAUACAAACAAAGACGAAACAAAAUCUCUUGGUUUUGUCCAAGAAGAUGCGUAUGUUAUAUGUAAAAUGGGCCUCACUAUGCGAGCCGAAGUUAAACAAAUGUGCCGUUCUGCUAGGGUAAAAAUUGGGGACAACGUUUCGUGCCAUUAGCAAUGACAUUUUGAUCGGCAACUUGUUUAGUGGAUAA